AUAGUUGCUUGCUCCCUUUUCAGUCUCUUUCGAUUUAAUCAGAAGAAGAAUCGUGUUCUUCCUUUGCUUGGGAGACGAAAAAUGCAGAGGCUUAGCACAAAGCUGCGUUCCAUUUCAUUCCAUUCUAAUCGAAGUCUCUCUUUCGUUGGCGUUCCUCACCGUCUCAUCCACCAUUCUCCCACUCCGCAGCUAACCCUAGGUUUCUCCACUCCCAGCAAAUGGAGCUUCUUUCCCUCCUCCUCCCUCCGCGGAGUUUCUCCCUCCAUGGGCUCUGCCUUCCUUCCUCAUCAUCUUCUUCAAGUUCGGAAUAUCACUUCCAAAGAAAAAAUGGCAAAAUGGAAGAAGAAGUGGCGGCCUAGGACUCCAAUCACCUCCAAAGUCAAGAAAGUCAAGAUCAAGUUCUAUUCGUCAUACAAAGACAGGUUUAAGCCACUGAAUGAUGGUACCAUCCGUCGCUGGAAAGAAGGCAAGCGCCACAACGCACACUUGAAGUCAAAGAAAUCAAAGCGUAGAUUGAGACAGCCUGGACUAGUCCCACCAGCAUAUGCCAAAGUCAUGAAGAAACUCAAUUUCUGCAAUUGAGAGAUAAGUAUAAGAAACAGUUCAGUCUCUUCCAGUUUUCCUCGAUAAUACUCACCUGAUACGUGGUACCCAAAAAUUUAAUCAAACUUCACUUCUUUUCUUGUUGUUUCAGUUUCAACCAUAUCUCCAAGUAAUAAAUUGGCACUUUGUUCCUUUCCCCUUAGGGUUCAGUAUCAGUUGAAACUUUUAUUUAUUAUUUACUUUUAAAUUUUGAUUGAAUGUACCAAUUUACGAAGAUUUUAAUUGAUGUCACUAAGUUGAAAAAGAAGGGUUUCAAACAUGCU